AGCUUCCAAAGAAAAAAAUGGUGGUGCUGAUUGAAAAGCAUAGGGAAUCUGUACCUGUGACUCCAGAAGAAGCAGAACCCCAGCCUCAGAAAAUUGUAUCUGAUGAGACCUCCGCACCUGCAGGAGCAAGCAACCAUGUGCGAGUCAACACCUGAUGUCAUUGCUGAAGAAAUAUCUGAAUUCAAAACAUGCCAAGAGCCCCACAUGCCGCAUGUCUUCAAGACAUGAUUCCCUUCAGACUGUAAAGGGGAAGGAGAACGUCAAAUGCCAUGACAGAGCCCACAGUGGAGAGAAACAUUUGGACAAAUUAACAAAAUGGAAGAAAACGUAUAAAUGUACAUGUGGCAAAACGUUUAUACGGAAGCAGAACUUCACAUACCAUAGCAGAACCCACAAUGGAGAAAAACCAUAUAUAUGUACAUGUGGCAAAACUUUUAUGCGGAAGCAGAACUUCACAUACCACAGCAGAACCCACACUGGAGAAAAACCAUAUAAAUGUACCACAUGUGGUAAAGCAUUUAGGUGGAAGCAGUAUCUCACACACCAUAGACGAAUCCAUACUGGGGAACAACCAUAUAAAUGUGCAACAUGUGGCAAGAGUUUUACAUUUCAGAAGUCCCUCAUAUGUCAUGAAGUAGUACACAAUGUUGAUAGACCAUAUAAAUGCGACACAUGUAAUAAGACUUUUAAAGGUAAGCGGAAUCUUGCAUAUCAUGAGAAGAUCCACUCUGGCGUGAAACCACAUAAAUGUGAAAUAUGUAACAAAACAUUUAUAAGGAAAACCCAGCUCACAGUCCAUAACACUACUCAUAGUGGGGCUCGACCUUAUAAAUGUGCAACAUGCGGUAAAAGAUUCAAACAAAGGGCUCACCUUGUAAACCAUGAGGGAACGCAUUCUCAAGAGAAGCCGUAUAAAUGUUCAACAUGUGAUAAGAGUUUUAAAAGUAAGAGCGAUCUCAAAUUCCAUAAGUAUGUUCACAGUGAGAUUAAACCACAUAAAUGUGCAACAUGUGACAAAAGAUUUACAAGGAAGGAACACCUCUUAUCCCAUGAGAAAAUCCACACUGGUGAGAAACCACAUCAGUGUACAACAUGCGGCAAACGAUAUAUCCACAAACAUACCCUUGUAUUGCAUGAGAGAACCCACAGUGGGGAGAAGCCAUAUAAAUGUGCAACAUGUGAUAGGAGCUUUACACAAAAGUCGAUCCUGGUAUCUCAUGAAAGAACGCACAGAGAAAAGCUUUAUAAAUGUGCAUCUUGUGAUAAGGGGUUUAGUGAAAAGCGGUACCUCUUGGAUCAUGAGAGAACCCACACAGGUAAUGCAUUGUAUAAAUGUACGGCAUGUGACAAGUGUUUCUUUCAUAAGAAAACCCUUAGCUACCAUAUGAAAAUCCACACAGGUGAAAAGCUGUACAAAUGUACGAAGUGUGACCGGAGUUUUCCAUUAAAGCAAGGCCUCACAUAUCACAUGAGAACGCACACUGGUGAAAAGCCAUAUCAGUGUGCAACUUGUGACAAAAGAUUUAUGGACAGGUCUCAUCUUUUACUUCAUGAAAAAAUCCACACUGGUGAGAAACCACAUAAAUGUGGAACAUGUAGCAAAAGAUUCUUAAGGAAAUCUCACCUAUUAGUUCAUGAACAAACACACACUGGAAAGCGGCCUUAUAAAUGUGACACAUGUGACAAAAGAUUUAUACGAAAGUCGCAUCUUGUAUGCCAUGAAACAACACACACUGGUGAGAAACCAUAUAAAUGCACAGUAUGUGACAAAAGGUUCAGACAGAAGACUAAUCUCAGAUCCCAUGAAAAAACCCAUUCUGGGGAGAAACCAUAUAAAUGUGCAUCAUGUGACAAGAAUUUUCUUUCCAAGUCUCGGCUUACAAUACACGAGAGAACACACACUGGGGAGAAGCCAUAUAAAUGCUCAUUUUGUGACAGGAAGUUUAGUGGGAAGAAGUAUCUUAGAGGUCAUGAGAAAACCCACACUGGUGAUGGACUAUAUAAAUGUGCAACAUGUGACAAGAGUUUUCCAUUCAAAGAAAGCCUCAAAUAUCAUGAGAGAACUCACAGUGGUGAAAAACCAUAUAAAUGUAGAACAUGUGACAAAAGACUGUCAAACAAAGCCAGUCUCUCAUAUCAUGAGACAAGUCACACUAAGGAAAAGCCAUAUAAAUGUGCAACAUGUAACAAAGGAUUUUUGUGCAUGUCUAACCUUACCUACCAUGAGACAACACAUACUGGGAAGAGAAAUAAAAAAAGGAAGAGCAGUCUUGGCAGAUGUCACAGAGUGAAGUAGUACAGAUUUCAUUAACUUUAAAAAUGCCCUAACGUAAAAGUGGGGUCUGUUUCAGUCACUGUAUUAAAAGUAUUAAUGUUUGAAGAAAUUACAAAGGAAAGCAUGAGACCCUGCCAAGCAACACAAAGGUAAAGCAUGGAUGAAAGCACCUAGAAGUUCUGAAGCACAGGUCAUAGUGUGGAAGGACAAGGUUAGGAAAUGCUCCCACCUGGAAAUUUAUUUCCAGAUGUACAGUGCUGAUCAUGAAAACAAGAACAUACUUGCAGUAUAAUUGAGGUUGAAUAAAAAAAUAUAGGUACAUGUACCUUAAAAUGAUGCUAGGCUGAUGAACAAAAGUUCAGUUGGAGUUUCACAGCAAGGGGAAGGAGCAGGAAACAAGCGGCAACUCUGAUGCAGGCAGUGUUGUGAAGUGAUGGGCCAAUGAGUUCCCAUAUGAAGGAACUACAGAGGGUAUGUCACUGGAAGGUACUCUGAACUUUCUGUAGAAUACUCACACGAAACGGGGAGCAAAGAAUGUGCCCUCACUUUAGAAGAAAAUGGUUUAAGGGAAGAGUUUCUUGAUUUAAUAGAGACGGAUAGAAAUAAGAUUGAUGAAAGAAACAGAUUACAGAAAGUAAAUAAGACCCAAAAUGUUACGUUGUAAUAAACAGAGGCGCACAAUAGUCAAGAUUAUUAACAGAAAUUCGUGAUAUAAGUAAGCAGAUUAUAUUACUAUGCAGCUAAAUUAAUAAUAGUCCUACUACAAAAACAGAGCAAUAAGGGGGAGGAAGAGAAGAAAUAAAAUCCCAUCAUGGAAGCACUGAAUAAAAGUGUCACCAUUAGAAUAUCGAAGAGGGAUCCAAUCACCAAAAAUAGUUAAGAUAGACGUGAUGAAACCAAUGCAUGGUAUCAGAACAGCCCAGGAUCUAUGAUAUACCAUUGCAAAUAAAGCAAAGAUAUCGACACAGGCAGAAAAAGUUAGAUGAUGUUCAGGUAAAUAUAAAGGAAAAGUACAAGGUAAGCAAUUCAUUGAUGACCCAAAAAGUUUUAUAGAGAGCUAGGAAUAGAAACAUUACCAAAAGA